UAACCGAAAUAACUGGUUCAGUAGAAGGUAUGUCGAUUCCCUUAGCUUCUUCCUCUCUCCCUUCCAAGCCGCCGCCUCACCUCAGCUUACAGAAAUGCGCCACCGUGCACGAGCUCAAGCAGGUGCACGCUCAAAUGAUCCGCUCCGGCCUCGCCUUCGACCCGCUCCCAGCCAGUCACUUCGUCUCCGUCUGCUGCACCCCAGAGUUUGGAUGCCUCGAAUACGGCAGGCUCGUCUUCCGGCAGAUCCCCAAUCCAACCACUUUCACCUUCAACUCCGUCGCCCGAGCCUACACCAACAAGAACCACCCUUUCCAGGCCCUCCUCUUCUACAUCGAAUCGAUCGAACGAGGCCUCCGUCCGGAUCGCUUCACGCUUCCCUCGCUCUUCAAGUCCUGCAGGUUCUUGAACGAAGGGAAGCAGCUGCAUUCCCACGCGCUCAAGUUGGGCUUUUCUUCGGACGUCUAUGUCCAGAACACGUUGAUGAACAUGUACUCUGUUUGUGGCUGCCUGCGCUCCGCUUGCCAGGUGUUUGACAAAAUGCGCGAGAAGACCAUUGUUUCCUGGGCCACUAUGAUUGCUGCUUAUACCAAAUCGGAUCGCUUGUUUGAAGCAAUAGAUCUUUAUCGCAGAAUGGAGCUGGAGCCUAACGAGAUCACUCUGGUGAAUGUUCUCACGGCUUGUGCGAGAGCCAGGGACAUAGAGACCGGGAAACAGGUUCAUCAGUACAUCGAAGAGAGUGGAAUUGGACUUGAUUUGGUCCUAUCAGCUGCGCUGUUGGACUUUUACUGCAAAUGCGGCUGUGUUUCGCUUGCGCGGAAGCUGUUCGAUGAAAUGCCCGAGAGGAAUAUAUUUUGUUGGAACAUAAUGAUUAAAGGGCACGUCGAGGAUAGUGAUUACAAGGAAGCAUUGCGACUGUUCCGCGAGAUGCAAUUCAUCGGCAUCAAGGCAGAUAAAGUGACCAUGGCGAGCAUGGUCCUGGCAUGCUCCCAGCUGGGCGCUCUCGAGCUUGGCAAAUGGUUGCACGUAUACAUUGCGCGAGAGAAGGUCGAGGUGGACCUCGUGCUGGGGACUGCUCUAGUGGACAUGUACGGGAGGUGCGGGUGCGUAGAAAGUGCAUUCAAGGUGUUCGAGGAUAUGCCUCGCAGAGAUGUCAUGACGUGGACGGCCCUCAUCGGAGGACUUGCAAUGUGCGGGCACGCAGAGAGAGCGCUGCGGGCCUUCCAGGAGAUGCAGAAGAGUGGAGUGAAGCCCGACGCGAUCACCUUCGUCGGCGUCUUGACAGCCUGCAGCCACGCGGGCCUCGUCGACGAAGGUUGGUCGUACUUCAACUCGAUGGCGAACGGCUACAAUAUCCAGCCCAGCGUCGAGCACUACGGCUGCAUGGUCGAUAUGCUGGGUCGAGCGGGGCAGAUUGAGAGAGCAGAGGAGCUGAUAAGAGGCAUGCCGAUGGCUCCCGAUCGCUUCGUGUUGGGAGGCCUGUUAGGCGCUUGUAGAAUUCACGGUGACGUCGCUGUCGCAGAAAGGAUUGCGCAGAUGCUAUUGGAGCUCGACCAGAAGGAAGGAGGAACAUACGUGCUCCUGUCCAACAUAUACCGGUCCCUUCAGAAAUGGGACGAAGCUAACAGAGUGAGAAAGCUGAUGGUGGAGAGGAAGGUGAAGAAGCCACCAGGGUGCAGUCUGAUAGAGAUGGAUGGGGAGGUCCACGAGUUCGUCAUGGGGGACGAGUCGCACGUCGACUCUGCUGAGAUUUACGCCAUGGUGGAAGACAUGGUUGGGAAGCUGAAGGAAGCAGGGUACGUACCGAACAAGUCGGAGGUGGUGCUGGACAUGGACGAGGAGGAGAAGGAGAGCGCAUUGUGCCGGCACAGCGAGAAGCUGGCCAUGGCGUUCGGGCUCAUCAGGACUAAGCCGGGGACGCCAAUCCGGAUCAUGAAGAACCUUCGUGUUUGCGGUGAUUGUCAUGCAGCUAUCAAGCUCGUCUCCAAGGUUUACGGGAGGGAGAUCGUCGUGCGGGACAGGUGCAGGUUCCAUUACUUUAAGGAUGGAUGUUGUUCUUGCAAAGAUUAUUGGUGAGAAUCGCGUUUGAUCUGGAAGAGAGUCUGAUUUAUUUGACGUAGAUCAGUAGAAUUUUCAAUCAAUGUGGAUUUCUCUCAGCCAAAUUGUCCCGCAACCUCCACAUCCAUAAACUCUCUGCCAUGCCCUUCCCUUCCCCUCCCCAUCCUGCUCCAUCCCUCUCUCUGCUCCGCGCCUGCACCACCAUGAAGGAGUUCAAGAGAAUCCACUCCCUCAUGAUCCGCACCGGCCUCGCCCGAUUCGCCGUCCAUCAGCGUCGCCUGCUCUCCUUCUGCUGCGCCCGCGGCUGCGGCGACUUGGCCUACGCCCGCCUCCUGCUCGACGUAAUCCCCACCCCUGACCCCUUUCUCUGGAACUGCCUGAUACGGGCUCAUACCGAUCACCGCGCGCCACGCGCCGCCGUGGCCACUUACGUGGCGAUGCUCGCCAGUGGCCUCGCCCCGAACGCCCAUACCUUCCCUUUCCUGCUUAAGGGAUUCACUCGCGACGACGACGUCGUCCAGUGUGGCUACGAGCUCCACGCGCACGCCGUCAAGUUUGGGCUCUCCGCCAAUUCGCACGUCCGCAAUGCGUUGCUCCGCAUGUAUGCUGUCGGCGGCAAGGUCGAUUCCGCCCGAGAGCUGUUCGAUAGUUGUUCUGAGAGAGAUGUAGUUUUGUGGAACGCUAUGAUUUCGGGUUACAAUAGGAACACCUUGUUCGAGGAAUCGUGCAGAUUGUUCGUUUCUAUGGCGAGGGAAUGCGUAAGGCCUAAUGGGAUCACCUACAUCUCGGUGCUCUCAGCUUGUGCCAAAAUGAGAAAUUUAGACUGUGGAAAGCAGAUUCAUCAGUGCGUGAUUACCAGCAGCCAUCUCCCUGAAUUGAGGCUUCAGAACGCAUUGAUCGAAAUGUACCAACAAUGCAGUGACAUGGAGGCUGCUUGGAGAGUGUUUGUAGAAAUGCCAACAAGAGAUGUCAUUUCUUGGACAGCUCUAGUUGUUGGAUUCGCAAAGUCUGGGGAGGUCGAUCGUGCUAGAGAACUUUUCGAUCAGAUGCCACAAAGGGACCUUGUAUCAUGGACUGCAAUGAUCAAUGGCUAUGUCGCUGCGAACAAAUUCAAAGCGGCUUUGGAGGUAUUCCGUGCAAUGCAGGUCGCAAUGGUCAGGCCUGAUGCAUUUACCAUGGUGACUGUGCUCACUGCUUGUGCACAAUUAGGAGCCCUCGAGGUAGGAGAAUGGAUUAGAACAUACAUGGAUCGCAACCAGAUCAAGAUGGACAUUGCCGUGGGCAAUGCACUGAUAGACAUGUACUCGAAGUGUGGUUGCGUCAAGAAUGCAGUCGAGGUUUUCGAUAGAAUGACCUGCAAGGAUAGGUUUACAUGGACUGCUAUAAUUUCUGGCUUGGCUUUGAAUGGGCACGGGGAGGAUGCUAUCUAUUGGUUCUACAAAAUGGUCGAAACUGAUGUCAGACCAGAUGGUGUAACCUACAUUGGUGCUCUUACAGCCUGUGCUCAUGCAGGACUAGUCGACAAGGGAAGACAGUUAUUCUCAAGCAUGAUCACGAGACACGGAAUCAUGCCGAACGUCACACAUUACGGUUGCUUAGUCGAUCUUCUCAGUCGAUCUGGGCAACUAGAGGAAGCAUUGGAGACGAUAAACAACAUGCCCAUGAAACCGAAUUCAGCAGUUUGGGGAGCUCUUCUUGCCGCGUGCAGAGUUCAUGGGAACUUGGAAAUUGCAGAGUUGGCCGGAAAGCAUCUUCUCCGGAUGGACCUUCCUGACAGCGCUGCAUAUCUGCUCUUGUCCAACAUCUAUGCCAAGUCCAACAAAUUCGACGAAGCACACGAAAUGAGAGAAGCAAUAAGGGCGAAAGGGAUUCGAAAAGAGCCUGGUUGUAGUUCUGUGGAGAUGAAUGGGGAAAUCCAUGAAUUUGUGGCUGGGGACAGGUCUCAUCCCAGGAGUAGUGAAAUUUAUUCCAAGUUGGAAGAAAUGAGCAAGGAGCUGAAUGCUGCUGGCUAUGUGGCUGAUACAUCAGAAAUCUUUGUUAGUAUGGUGGAGAAAGAGAAAGCAAAUGCUAUCAAUGAGCAUAGUGAAAGGCUGGCAAUUGCUUUCGGAUUGAUAAGUUCAGAAUCCGGGGCGACAAUAAGAGUCGCCAAGAACCUGAGGAUCUGUGUGGAUUGUCAUAACGCAAUGAAGUUUCUCUCUGAAAUUUACAAGAGAGAAAUUGUUGUGAGGGAUAGAAAACGUUUCCACCGAUUUAUAAAUGGCCUGUGUUCUUGCAAUGAUUAUUGGUGAUCCAUACAUUCAGAUUGUGUAGCCAGUUUAUGUAUAUUCA